AUGGCUUCUCCGCGCGUGUACUUCCCCGCCUCGUCUCCGCGCAGCUUCGCGCCAACCACGCCCACUAGCCAGCUUCUAGGGGAUUCCUCCAUAGCCCAAGGAUCAGGAGGUGGCAGUUCGGUAGGGUUAGAGGAGCUUCAAGAUGCGUACUUGUCAGAGCUGCUCUCCUACAGCCUGGAUCGGCUGAACAAGGAGCCAGGGCUUCUGCGCGCCGAUGCGGAGAGGGUGCAGCGGCAGAUGCAGGAGGUGGCGGUGGCGCAUUACCGCGCGUUCAUCACCGCUGCUGACGCCAUCCGGUCCAUCCACCGCGAGAUUAACUCCGUCGACCAACACCUAGGGUCUCUGGUAUCGGAGAUCCCUAAGCUCACCACGGGGUGCAAUGAGUUUCUAGAGGAGGCUCAGGGGGUGAUGGAGAAGAGGCGGCUGAACAAGACAAUGCUUGCCACCCACCCCACGCUCAUGGACCUUUUAGAGAUCCCACAGCUCAUGGACACCUGUGUGCGCAACGGCAACUACGACGAGGCGUUGGACCUGGAGGCGUUUGUGGCGAAGCUUGCCACCAUGCAUGCCAAGCUGCCUGUGAUUCAGCAGCUGGCGGUGGAAGUGAGGCACACCACGCAGGCCAUGCUGUCACAGCUGCUGCUUCGACUGCGAUCCAACAUCCAGCUGCCAGAGUGUCUGCGUGUGAUUGGCUAUCUCCGGCGACUGGCGGUGUUCUCAGAAACAGAAAUGCGACUUCAGUUCCUGCGGUGCAGGGAGGCGUGGCUGGGGGAGGUGGUAUCUGAGCUGGACCCGUCCUCCCCCUACGACUAUCUGAAGCGCCUCACGGACUGCCACCGCGUGCACCUCUUUGACGUCGCCACGCAGUACCACGCCAUCUUCGCCCACCACUCCUCCAAUUCCCCAGAUUCAUCGAACCUGGACAAUGCCUCCUCCUUUUCCUCUUUCCCCUCUCUUCCCUGUCUCCCUUCCUCCCCUACCCCCUCCCCUCCCCCCUCUCCCCCCCCAACCCCCUCCCCUCCCCCUCCUCCCCCUCCCUCCCUCAGUUCCUGCGAUUCAUCGAACCUGGACAAUGACUCUCCCUUUCCUCUUUCCCCUUUCUUCCCUGUCUCCCUUCCUCCCCCAACCCCCUCCUCCCCUCCCCCCUCCCCCCCCACAACCUCCUCCCCUCCCCCUCCUCCCCCUCCCUCCCCUCAGUUCCUGCGGUGCAGGGAGGCGUGGCUGGGGGAGGUGGUAUCUGAGCUGGACCCGUCGUCCCCCUACGACUAUCUGAAGCGCCUCACCGACUGCCACCGCGUGCACCUCUUUGACGUCGCCACGCAGUACCACGCCAUCUUCGCCCACCACUCCUCCAAUUCCCCAGAUUCAUCGAACCUGGACGAGGAUUCGGCCGCGCUCGCCGCUCUGCUAGGGGAUGGGGGAGUGGGGGGGGGAGCCGGGGGAGGGGUGGGCGGAGUGUUGGGGAAGUAUGGGAAGGGAAGGGCCGGAGGCGGGGCGGUUUUGAACGGAUGGGGGGGUGGGGGAUCGGGUGGGGAUGGGGGGUUGGUGUAUGGAUGGGCUAUGCACCGGGUGGCUGUGUAUUUAGCAGCGCUGGCGCAGCAUCUGCCGAGAAUCGAGGAUGGGGGGUCUCUGGCUAGCGUGCUGGAGCACUGCAUGGUGAGAUGGGCGGCAUGGUGUGUGCUGCGAAUGUUCCAGCGCAACAUCUCCUUUGCAGUUGACUCCUUCCAUCAUGUGUUGGAGACGCACAGAUGGGUGCCUCUCCCAUCCAUGGGCUCUGCUGCUCGCAUGGGCCUGGGUGGUGACUUCUUUCCUUCCUCCCCCAUGCACCCCUCUCCCCUCCCUUUCGUCCACAGCAUCUGUUGGAGACGCACAGAUGGGUGCCUCUCCCCUCCAUGGGCUCUGCUGCUCGCAUGGGCCUGGGCCUGGGUGGUGACUCCCUCUCUUCCCUCUUCGUUUCCCUCUUUCCGUUCCCCCCAACCCCUCUCCCCUCCCUUUCAUCCACAGCAUGUCUUGGAGACGCACAGAUGGGUGCCUCUCCCAUCCAUGGGCUCCGCUGCUCGCAUGGGCCUGGGAGGUGAAUCCCUUGAUGACGUGGCGCCACCCUAUUCGCUCAUGGAGCACCCACCACUGGCCGCGUUCGUGAAUGGCAUCCUGGCGGCACUGAACGAGUUGAGGCACUGUGCGCCGACGGCCCUGAAGCAGCAGCUGGCAGGGGAGGUGGAGAGGGCGCUGGCAGUGGUGGCGGGGUCGCUGGGUCGCUACAGCCAUACACACAUAGUCAAGGACUCCGAGGCAGCUCUCUUUAUUAGCACGUGCCGGGCGUUCGUAGAGGUGGUGUGCCCCUACGUGGCUGUGUGCUUCUCCCGCUGCUACGGCUCCCCUGCUACUCUCGUAUCCACACAAGCAGCAUGCGAGCCUGUGAAGCAACUCAUUCUCGCCUCCAUGCCCCCUGCUGCCGCUGCCGCUGCCGAUGCUGAUGCCGAUGCUGCUGGGGUGGAUGAGGGGCAGGAGGGGGAGGAGGCGGCAGAGGGAAGGAGAGGAGAUGGGGAGGCUGGGGAAGGAGAGGGGGGUCAAGGGGAGAAGAAGGUGGGUGAGGCUGUAAGGGGUGGUAGUGGAGGUGAAACUGUUUCCAGUGAUGGUGAUGUGGCGCCUGGUGACCAACCAGAAGCAGGAGGAAGUAGAGGAGAGGGGGGAGCGGCAGGAGGUGAAGGGACAUCCGUGCAAGGGUUGAAAGCAGCUGCACCUAUUCUGCCGGAGGCCGAGGAGGUGCCCCACUUGCGCGAGUUGGACUUUUGCGUGAACGCGGAUUUCGUGCACAUAGAGAACAAGUACGGCACCUUCAUCUGCGAGCCGCACCUCUCCUUCCCCAACCAAGUCUUCCCCUCCAACCCCUCAGACGCCCCUCCAGGGGGCUACAGGCAGAAUGGAGGGGAGGAGGAACCCGAGGACCCUUAUGUCGGGGAUAGGUCAAUGGACGAGCACUACGGGGGGUCGACCAUAAUGGCGUACGAUCCGCUCUUCAACUGGGACUCGGAGCGUGCUGCUGUCAUCGGCCACCGCCUGCCCAUCCGCCCCAUCACCUCCUCCUCCGUAGGUACACGUUUCUCGGUGCGCAUCCUGGGCCUGACAGUGCAAGCAGGGCUGGUAGAGCCAGUGAGCGGCACCAUGUGCCUGUACCACGCAGAGCGCCGUGAGAAGGCCUCAGAGGACUUCCACUUCCAGUUCCUGCCAGCGCAGUGGGAGGGCGAGAGCACGUCCCCUGACAGCCGAGCCAUCUUCUCGGUGGACAAGGAGUCGGCGGCGCUGUGCCUGCUGGUGCAGCUCGACAAGGCUGCCAGCGAGGAGAGCGUCAAUGGGAUCAAGCCCGCUGUGUACACCCGCAAGGACCCCCCCACACUGACGGACAAGGAGGCAGCGCGCCUAUCAGAGUGGGCGCAGGUGAUGCCCUUCCGAGAGCCCCUCGCGUGGAUCACCAUUCCCCUCUUCGACUCCUCCGUCACCGGCGGAGUGGGGGGCUUCGGGGCGUCUGGAGGGGGCAGCUCAGGAGGAGGCUCGUCAGGGAGCCUCGGGCGAGGGGGGGGUGUGCUGGGGGUGGAAGGGGGCGGGAUGGGGGGAGGGGCGGGGUCGAGUCCAGUGGUGGAUAGCAAUGGGGUGCGCGUGCCGGCAUAUGAGCUGGGGGGCCCGCCUGUGCAGAUUGACAUUCCCACGUUGAAUCGCGCCAAGGAGUGCUACACUGAUGACCAACUGCUGGACCCCAAGAAGAAGGCGCAGAAGCCAGUGCGCGUCUCCAUGCACUUCGAGGUAGAGCGACUACCCGGGGGGGCGGCAGGGGGGGCGGCAGCGGGCGGCAGUGUGACGCCGCGGUCCCUCAGCAGCAGCGCGUCUCAGAGGGGGGUGAACCAGGCGCGGUCGCAGGACUCCAUGACCUCAGACCUGGACGACAUCAACAUGGUGCCCAGAAGCCUUUCGGUUUCUAGGUUCCUCACAGGGUUCCAGGCGAUAGACUUCACGGACAUGGUGAGGGCGGAGCCGUUCACGCGCCUCGUGCACCUGCUCUUCGUGUACCCGCAGCAAGUCGCACUGCCCAAGAAGCUAAACCUCUUUGUGCGCACCGAGCUGCGCGCUGACGAUCUCGACAUCCAACGGCCGUCAGUGGAGGCCAUCUUCCCCAAGGAGCGUGAUGGCCCCAUGCUCCGUACAGCCUCAACUCAAGUGGUGCAGGGCGCACGACCGGCUCUCUUCCAUGACGAGGUCAAGAUGCAGCUGCCAGCCUCUGUGUCGCCCGCACACCAUCUGCUCUUCACCUUCUUCCACAUCGACCUCUCCCUGCGCUCCGAACGGCCCAAGCCGGUGGCAGUAGGUUAUGCAGUCAUGCCUCUUGCUGCUGCUCUACAAGCGUUCAAGGCGGAGGUGAAUCUGCCCAUAUCCAAGGACCUGCAGCCGCGCUACCUGCAGGAGAGCACCAAGUCGCGGUUGACCUACUGGGAGGAGGGCCGCCCCAUCUUCCGUGUUCGCACUCGCCUCUUCUCCUCGCUCCUCCCGCUCUCCGACCGCCUGCGCGACUUCUUCCACCAGUUCGACCGCCACAUGCUGGAGGCGCCUCUGCCCCGAGAGGACCUCCUGGAGGCAAUCAAUGCGCUCAAGACGGUGGACGUGGUGGUGCUCAUGCAGUUCCUCUACCCGCUGCUCAACAUGCUGCUCUGCAUGAUCGGGAACGGGGUGGAGACGCUGCAGGUGGCCGCCUUUCGAGCCAUGGUCAACAUCGUCUCCAGAGUGCAGCUGGAGUUGGCACCGCAGGCGGGCUCAGCCCCCAUGGAGCGCAGUCGCUUCCUCGUGCACUUUGUCGACUUCAUAUUUGACGAUCUCGGUCGCAACCAGCCGCCCGUGUACCCGGGUCUCAGCAACGUGUGGCGCAGCCUUGCGCGCAGCAAGUCGCGAGGGUUCCGAGUGGGGCCCGUGUAUGCGGAGGCGCUGCAGAUGGCGUGGUUUGUGCUGGAGCUCAUUGUCAAGUCCAUGGACCUGGAGCUGGCUCAGGUGCCGCAAGGGGAUGAGAUCGCGCGUCUAAGGCUAGAGGACGAGGUGUUUCUGUGCAUCCGGCAGCUCUUUGAGUGCCUGCUGGCCGAGGUGCACGAGAAGGCGGUGUCAGACCCGCCCCUGGCCAAGAGCCUCAGCUCCUCCAUCUCCUUCUUCUGCUACGACCUCAUCUCCGUUGUGGAUCCACCGCAAGUGUUUGAACUGGUGGGCCUCUUCCUCUCGCAGUUCGUGGGCGUGUGUCCCCCCAUGCAGCACAUGUUCAAGCUGCACUUCCUCCGCAUCGUCUGCGAUCAUGAUCUCUACAUCGAGACACCCGGCAGAGGUCCCACCGAGAAGAACUACCUGACCACAGUGCUGCUCAAGGACCUUUUUGUGAGCCUCGACCACGAGGACCCCAGUCAGCGAUCGCUGGCUGCGCGCAUGCUGGCCUUCCAGGUGGCGAAGCACGAGUACGAUGCGCGGUACCAGCAGCCGGAGCUGAAGCUGUACAUCGCGCAGCUCUACAUGCCCAUCGUCAACAUGAUCCUCGACGAGGUCGAGACGUUCCACACGCUAGGGGUCAUUCAGAGGAGGCAGAUCCUGGUGGUGAUGCUCACAGUCGUGCGCAACCUGGACAGUGAGACGCUACUCAAGGCGUGGAAGCAGAGCGACGUGCGGACUCGCCUCUUCUUCACCCUACUGCAGCAAGCCCUCGUGCUCUUCCAGCACAACCCACAGCUGACAGCUGGCAGCAAGCCCCGCCCCACCACCACCAAAUCCAGCCCCGCCACGUCAGCACCCGCCGACGCCACGCUGGCAGUGGAGCCUCCACCAAUCCCAAUGUACUCGGACCGAGUCUCCCUGGCAACCAAUGACCAGCUGGACGAGAUGGCCCGGGCAGAUCCCAAGGCCAUGCUGGAGAAGGAGCAGAUAAUCCGAAAGGUCACGGGCGGCGCCGUGUCGGGCGGCAAGGGGUCGGCGGUGUCGCUCAGGGAUGUGCUCGCGCGGUCGAGAAUACCGCCCAAAGAUGCCAUGGCGCUGAUGAGACAAAACCUGCCGCCCAGCGCUUCUGGAAAGCUGCUAACAUGGGAAGCAAGUGUGGCAGCAUGGUGUGCAGUGCAGGUGUUGGAGGUGGUGGAGAAGUUUAGCGACAUGGCGGCUGAUGGACUCGUUGCCACCGACUAUCAGACCAUGGACUGCCUCACUGGGCCCCUGUCGGUCAUGCUCGCACUGCCGCAGCCCAUGCUGGAUGGCCCCUUCUCUCUCUCAUGCCCUUCUGCCCCCUUGCUCUCGCCCAUUCCCUUCCCCCAUCCGCCCCUCCCCAGCCCCGCCCCCUUCCAGCCCAUGAGCUUCUGGGAGCCCUUCCCCAUGAGUUUCUGGGAGCCCUUCGUGCCAGCCUUCGCUGAAAUGCUGCGCUUGCACGGAAAGGCCAUGCUCGACGGCCCGCCCGCUGCUGCCCUCUCGUUCCUCUCUGCCCCCCCUGAUAUCGCUUCUUCCCUUCCCCCGUCCGCCCCCUUCGCUGAAAUGCUGCGCCUGCACGGAAAGGCCAUGCUCGACGGCCCGCCCGCUGCUGCCGCGGCUGACAGCACGGAUGUAGGGGCGGGGAUUGGUGCGGGUGGCGGGGUGGCAGCGAAGGGGGGCGAUAACACCCUGCUACACAUGAAGGACGUGGAGCGCUUUCGAAACGCCCUGCUGCACAUGAAGGACGUGGAACGGCUUCGAGUCAUUCUCACAGUCGCUCUCUCAGAGGUCCUCUCCCACAUGCGCCUCCUGCACGCGCCCUCGCCCUCCAACGCCCCUGCCUCUCGCUCCUCCAGCGCUUCUAGCAUCGCUUCUGCUGCUGCUGGUGGGGGGGGAGGGGCUGGGGAACUGGUAGAAUCCGCAGAGGUUGAGAAACUGAGGCUUUCUUUGGAAGAGCUGGGGACGGAGGAUAAGUGGUUUCAGUUGCUGGAUGAGUGUGGGUUGCCGUCGAUCUGCCUUGAGAUUGUGGUGGAGGAGGACGAGGAGAAGGAGGAGGAGGAGGAGGAGGAGGAGGAGGACGAGGAGGAGGAGUAUGAGGAGUGGGAUGAAGGGGGGAGUGUGAUGGUGGGGAGGAGGCGGAAGAGGGAGAGGGACAGGUGGACGUGGGCGAAUGUGGAGGAGACUCAAGAUAUGCUGCUCACCGUGGUGGAUGCGGCAUCACAGCACGAGCAACUGAUGGAGGGACUGAAGACAUCCAAUGACAAGUACGCCAUAGUGGAGAGCUACUACAUCCUGGCACAGGCAUACGGGCACGUGCCCGACCUCUACAUCAUGUGGAUGUUGCACCUGUGUGACGCGCACCAGGAGAUGAACCAGUGGGCCGAGGCCGCUCAAUGUGCUGUGUCUGUUGCUGGCAUUGUCAUUCGGGGUCUCCAAAUCGCAUCAGAGGAGCCGGUAUGGGACGAGGAGCAUCUGGAGGUGCUCUGGAGCAUCUGCCCUUUGGCCCGCCACCAGUGGCGCGCGCGAGCCUUCUCGUCCCAAUCCGGGUUUGGGGCGGCGCGGGUGACGGUGGAGGGGGCGGUGCAGCACGUUGUGCGGGCGAGCAACCUGUUCUACAAGGCGGAGCUCUUCCACUUCUGCGCUCUCAUGCUCUCGCUGCUGCUGCCGCUGCACCGCUCCCGCCACGACUACAAGCAGCUGACCAAGACACACAACAAGAUCGCGUCUAUAUAUGAGAACGUGGAGCAGCAGGAGACGAGCCCCAUCCCCUUCAAGGACGCCUGCUACUAUCGAGUCGGCUUCUAUGGGGAACGCUUCCGAUACAUCGAUGGCAGGGAGUUCAUCUAUCGAGAGCCACGAGACGUGCGUCUGGGAGACAUAAUGGAGAAGCUGAAAGCGCUGUACGAUGCGCGCUCGCCUGACGAGGAGCCCCUUCAAAUCAUCCAGGACUCUCGCCAGGUGGACCCUGCCGCCCUCAAGCCGCACUCAAGACGAGGAGCCACCUUUUCAUCCCCCUCCCUGCUCUCCCCGCACUGCUCUCCCCGUCCCGCCCUCCAUUGCAGGGAGUUCAUCUACCGAGAACCUCGAGAUGUCCGUCUGGGAGACAUAAUGGAGAAGCUGAAAGCACUCUACGAUGCGCGCUCGCCUGACGAGGAGCCCCUUCAAAUCAUCCAGGACUCUCGCCAGGUGGACCCUGCCGCCCUCAAGCCGCACUCAAGACGAGGAGCCACCUUUUCAUCCCCCUCCCUGCUCUCCCCGCACUGCUCUCCCCGUCCCGCCCUCCAUUGCAGGGAGUUCAUCUACCGAGAACCUCGAGAUGUCCGUCUGGGAGACAUAAUGGAGAAGCUGAAAGCACUCUACGAUGCGCGCUCACCUGACGAGGAGCCUCUUCAGAUCACCCAGGACUCUCGCCAGGUGGACCCUGCCGCCCUCAAGCCGCCCUCAAGACGAGGAGCCACCUUUUCAUGCCUGCACGCCCCCCAUGCCCAUCCCCCUCCCUACUCUUCUCCCCGCACUGCUCUCCGCGUCCCUCCCUUUCCCCCCGGCAGGGAGUUCAUCUAUCGCGAGCCAAGGGACGUGCGGCUGGGAGACAUAAUGGAGAAGCUCAAGGCGCUCUACGAUGCACGCUCACCCGAUGAGGAGCCCCUUCAGAUCAUCCAGGACUCGCGCCAGGUGGACCCUGCCGCCCUCAAGCCGAACCUAGUCUACAUGCAGAUCACCGCUGUCGAACCUGUGGUAGGUGCGGGGGAGGAUCGGUGGCUCGGCAGAUCUCUCGAGCCUCCGAUUGCCGGCACUCCGACGUUCAGUUGUUUCUUUUUUGACACGCCGUUUACGCCGAAUGGAAAGCAGCAAGGGAAGAUGGAGGAUCAGUGGAAGAGACGAACGUUGCUGUACACGCAGAGCACGCUGCCGAGCCUGAUUAGCCGGCAGCCGGUGGUUCGGUCGGAGGUUCGGGAGUACUCGCCGAUCCAGUGCGCUGUGGAGAUUAUCGAGUCGCGGUCGUUUGCGCUAGAGGCCGAAAUGGCCAGCCAGUUGGGGGAUUCUGGGGCCGCAGGGGCGGCGGGAGGGCCGGCUGGGAAGAAGGACCCGGCGGCGGUUGUAGCGGCGGCAAUGGCAGCAGGUUCGGGGCCGCUACAGCUGCCGCGGUUACAAACACUGCAACGGUUACUGCAGGGGAGUGUGGCGCUGCAGGUGAACAGCGGUGUGCUGGGAGUGUGCAUGGCGUUUUACCAGGCGAAUCCCCAGGGGGCUAAUCCGAGGGCCAAGGAUCCGGAGAAAUUGCAGCCGUCGGAAUUGGAGAUGUUGACGUCUGCGAUCGUGCGGUUUGUGGUGGUGUGUAAGCGGGCGGUGGUGGUGCAUGGGAGGGCGGUUACUGAGGAGGAUAGGGAUUUCCAGGAGCAGCUGGAGCAGAGCUUAGAAGACCUGGAGAAGGAGAUUUCAGCCUUUAUUCCAGGCCUAAGGAAACGAGCAUCGGCUUACUGA